AUGCAACGCUCAAUUCAUCUCAUUGUUUUUCUUCUAUGGUUUGGCGUCGCGAAUGCUAAGAGCAUAAACGAUGAAACUCAUAAUAUUACUAUCGUGGAAGACUCCAAUCAACAAGGGCUUCGUAUUGCUGCUAGUUCCUCUUCUCAAAGUUUGGCAGAAAAUAACACUGGUACAAGUUCCACAAAUGCCGUUGUUAACACUUAUGUAUUAACUCUAUUUAAUUAUCAAAAUAACCAAGUUUACGUUUACAGUCCAAAAUCAAAUACUGAUGAAAAUAAGAGUGAUUACAGAAAAUGGAUUUUUUAUUAUGUUCCAGUCAUGUUACCACUAAAACAAGAUGAAAAUGAUACAAAGUGGAUAUGGGCCGUUAGAAAUGAAGUUCGAUUGAAGUUAAUAGUAAGUAAUAAAGAAGUUGAAGAAUUGGCAAGAGAAGCUAUUUCAAAUAAGUUCGAUAGUGAUAUUGUAAAAAACUAUUCGAAAUAUUGGGAUGUAGCACCAUUGAUGAUUGAUUCGUUAAUGGCUUAUAUUUUACGUGCCGACUCAUCUCCAGUUGUCGGCGUUCAGCAAUAUCAUGCCAUUCAUCCAACAACACUAAUUAUGACAUUGCGUUUUCAAUGUACCACGGAGAUAAUAGCCCAAGAAACUGUAGAAAAGAUCAUUGAUGGUGAUUAUGAAAUUGAAGUUGCUUUAUAUUUUGCUGAAUUCAAACAAGUAAAAAUGAAUCUUGCUUCAAUUACAGGUGAUCAAGUGAGAAGUGUCUUAAGUAAAACAAUUGCAGACGGUGGUGAUACAAAUUCACAAUACAUCCAUCGAAAUCAAGCAGCACACUUUGUCGGUAAAUAUGUUACAAAUGUUAAAAAAAUGAUUUAUAUUGAAGAUGCAAGCUUGAAUACGUCUGCAUUGACAGCUGGCUUAGAGGAUCAAUUCUUUUCUCUUUUUCAACAAGGUAUGGAGAAUUCAGAGACAACAGAGAUUGAUGCCGGUUUAUAUGGUCAAAUAUGGUCAUCGUCUGAUUUAAAUCCUGACCGCUUGACAACAGAAAUAGAGAAUCUCUUUACAAAAAAUGACUCAGAAACACAAAGACGAAAUGAUUCUAAUACAUAUUACAAUUUGAAUACCCAGUAUCUGAAAGAAUCAACAACCAGCAAUGAGGCCAGUGCAAGUGUUAGUGGUAGCGGGUGGGGUUUUAGUGCAGCUAUAUCAGGUUCAACUUCAUCAUCUUCAUCUAAUUCAUUACAGAAUCAACUUGCUCAUACUACUCACGAUAUUUUUUCAAAAGAUGAUAUAGACAAACUGUUUGCGGAACAGCAGGUUCAGUUGGAAUGGAAAGGUGAAAAAUUUAUACCUAAAAAUUUCACAGUUUAUAAAUUAAUUGAUCUAACUAGUCAACUACAGGUAGCUAUUAUAGCGAAACAAUUCAGUGUGGAUAAAACUCGUGGGGCUAUUAUUCGAACCAUAAAUACACUGAAUACCUUGAGCGCACCUGUUCUAAAAAAUUCAACAAAAGAACCAAAGCCAACAAAGAUCUCCGCUGUAUUUCUGACGGGUACAAUCCAAUUGUAUGCUGGUAAUUUAACACCACCUAAACCAUGGCUGCUCUGUAACGGUUCAACUGUUUUGCGUACAGAAUAUAAAAGCUUGUUUAGCGUUAUUGGGGAAACCUAUGGGGCUGGAGAUGGACAAUAUACAUUCAAUCUUCCCGAUCUUCGUGGACGAGUACCGGUUGGUGUAGAUGAGUUAGAAGUAAAUGCUGCUGGAAUGAAUAGGUCAGGUGCUUUUGGCGGACGAACUAUGCAUCGACUGACUAUUGAUCAAAUUCCAUCUCAUAACCAUAGUGCAGGUUCUCUCUCUACAUCGUCGAAUGGUGAUCAUAAUCAUAUCGUUCGUGAUUAUGGGCAUAAUCAUGGUGGUCGAACAGGAUCCGAGCCGAAAUUUGGGGCAGGUGGAUGGGGAAUGACUCCCAAAGGACAUGGCAGCGACCAAUCUUCUCAUUCGCAUGUAAUACCAUUCGGUAAAACCGGCAUUCAAAUUGACCCUGCUGGCUCUCAUACUCACACGGUCAAUGACGGCUACACAGGGUCAGUGGGGCAUGCAGAAGAGUUCAGCUUGAUGCAACCAUAUCAAACAGUAAAUUAUAUAAUUUACGCUGCUUGA